UUUUUUCUUUUUUAACCAUCUUAUCGAGAAAAUUAAAGGGAGAGAAAAUCGCGGAGGAAAAGAAAAGAAAAAACAAAUAGACCCUCCUGUGAUUUCCCAAUUUUCUUCUUUAAUUUCGAGGUUCUCGCCAUUUGCGCCCAUUGAUUGAUUGAUUGAUUGAAUCUCAAGCGAAGUGCGUUGAAGUUGAGGAGAUAGGUUUUAAAAAGCUUUGGAUCUUUUUCGGAGUGGUGAAAAUUGGACAGCAUUAACCGUUGUUGGGAUCUUGAAGAAGAGAAGAUGGGAGAAACAGACACUGAUAUGAUGAUCCACAGACACCAUUCAUCAUUGGGCUCAUGUUCAAUUCCGAAGCAGCAGCAGCAGCAGCAGGAGGUGGAAAUAAACCCUAAUAAUCUAAUCCGCUCAUCAGCAGCAGCUCAAUUCUCCAGUGAGAGUGGCAAUUCGAAUUCGAAACGAGUGGGGGUUCCUCCGACAUCUCCCUACUCUCAGAUCCACUCACGGUCAAUGUCACAGCCUUCCUCUUUCUUCUCCUUCGAUUCCUUGCCUCCCUUGAGCCCUUCUCCCUUCCGCGAUCACGACCACCCUUCUUCCUUGUUCACCAGACUCGUCGGGGAGUGUCUGCCUCCCAGAAAAUCUCACCGGCGCUCCAACAGCGAUAUCCCCACCGGCUUGUCUCCCAUCCCUCCUACACCUUUGGAGCGUUCGACCAAUCCUUUCGUCAAGAAGGAAGACAUGGAUGAUCUCUUCUCUGCCUACAUGAAUCUCGACAACAUCGAUGCCUCCGAUAAUCUUUCUCGGGAUGAUAUGGAGAGCAGCAGAGCGAGCGGCACCAAGACUAAUAGCGACACCGAGGGAGAUAGCAGCAGUGUCAAUGAGAGCGGCGGCGGCGAUCUUAACAACAAUAACUUGAAGAGAAGAGCCGGUGGAGGAGACAUUGCUCCUACCUCCAGACAUUACAGGAGUGUUUCUGUCGACAGUUGUUUCAUGGACAAGCUCUCUUUUGCUGAUGACUCCCUCAAGCAAGUUUCCCCCACCAAUUCGGUUGAUCGUGCUCCUGCAUUUAGCAUCGAGUUUAACAACGGCGAGUUCACUGCAGCUGAGAUGAAGAAGAUCAUGGCCAAUGAUAAACUUGCUGAGAUGGCCAUCUCUGACCCUAAGCGUGUCAAAAGAAUCUUGGCCAACCGUCAGUCAGCAGCGCGGUCAAAGGAGAGGAAGAUGCGGUACAUAGUGGAAUUGGAACACAAAGUGCAGACUCUUCAGACCGAGGCUACUACUUUGUCUGCUCAGCUCACCCUUUUGCAGAGAGAUAUGAUGGGGUUGACAAACCAGAACAAUGAGCUCAAGUUUCGUCUUCAAGCUAUGGAGCAGCAAGCGCGGCUUCGCGAUGCUCUGAACGAAGCAUUGAAUGGGGAAGUCCAGCGACUGAAACUGGCAAUUGGUGAGAGCAGCCACAACAACGAGGCUGACAGAUCAAAGAUGCAAUCACUCAACGCAGAGAUGUUCCAGCAACUCAACAUCAGCCAGUUAAGACAGCAGCAGCCUCAGUCUCAGUCCCAGUCUCAGCAGAAUGGAACCAUGUCGACAAAACCUGAAUCGAAUGAAUAGGAGCAGACAAGUUGUUGAGGUUGCUGGCUGGAUCAAAGAAUUGGAGUCUUUUAGUUUUUUUUUUUUUUUUUUUUUCUAAGUUACAUAUCAAUCAGUCAAACAUAUCAUAUAUCUUAUCUAUUUUAUGUGCAGAGUCUGUUGAAUUUAUUUUUACAUAUAUAUCAUAAGUCCAAGAAGUUUAAUUUUA